AUGGGGCCGCGAUCCUCCCAUCCCAGAGAGAUACACAUUCUGGUUUUAGUUGCUUAUUCUCCUUCCUUGCCUACUGUAGCUUACUUGGAUCGGGUUUCCGGUACCAAGCCAACCAGGAGGGGACUAGCUGCCUAUUUUCUUGCCUGCGUCACUUUGUCUGACACAGCGGACGGGCACUUGAGAAGCUUCUGUGUGAAGUGUUACUGGCUGGGUGAGGGAGAGGCCCCGACCGUAGAUAUGGAGCAGCCAAGUGGGCGGGCAUCGAUGUUGGAUAUUACAUUUACAGCGUACCCAAGGAAAAUGGAUCUACCGGUUCAGCCACUUUGUAACCGAGCCAGUGAGUUUUAUUUUAUACGGGGAUGUGAAAGGAGAAAAAGAGUGACAACAAGUCGCUGCCUAGUAUUGAGAAGGAGGAAGAACAAGUCACUCCGUCACUUCAAGCAAAGAUGCAAGAUACAGACUGGACUGUACAGUAACAAACCCGAUGCAAGUAAGUUAAUCGAAACCAACUGCUUAGGCAGUAGUGACAAAUCAUGUGGUCGCAUCUCAGCUCUUUCCACGGUUAGGAAACCUCGUGUCAUGGCGCAGGCACGCCCUGCAAUUGGAUGCUCGUCUGGGAUCGCUGCCAUACAAGCUUUGCACCAUCACAAACUCACAAACCACCAUGUCGCUUAG